UUGACCAGAUAUUUUCCAACCCUUCCAAAAAAACCCUUCAUUCAUUCGUUCAUUCAUGUUCUUGUGAACAAUAGAAACUGAUAAACCCCAAUUUAAGCAAGCAAUCAACAAUGGCGUCAUAUCUAUCAAUAGACAUAGCCAAAGCUACAACCUUCAUAACCCUAGCUACAAAACACACUCUCCAUCCUUCUCGCAAUCUUCUCUUCCCUUUUCACCCCAAAACUCACCAAUUCACCACUACUUCUCUCUAUUCACCUCUUUCUCUCUCCUCUAAAACCCUAAAUUUCACUCGAAAACUCCGCAAUUUUUCCGUCGCAGCUUCUUCGACUGCUGCACCAGAGAGCACCGAUGAUGUCGACACUAAAAUUCCUCCUGAUAAUCGAAUUCCUGCUACUAUUAUUACCGGUUUUUUGGGUUCUGGAAAGACGACGUUGUUGAACCAUAUAUUGACCGCUGAUCAUGGGAAGCGUAUUGCAGUAAUAGAAAACGAGUAUGGUGAAGUAGACAUUGAUGGUUCUUUGGUUGCUGCUAAAGCUGUUGGAGCCGAAGACAUUAUUAUGCUCAAUAACGGGUGCCUAUGUUGCACUGUGAGGGGCGAUCUAGUGAGAAUGAUUUCCGAUUUAGUGAAUAAGAAGAAAGGGAAUUUUGAUCAUAUUGUGAUUGAGACUACAGGUUUGGCAAACCCUGCCCCUAUCAUUCAAACAUUUUAUGCGGAGGAUGUAAUCUAUAAUGAUGUGAAGUUAGAUGGCGUCGUCACUUUGGUUGAUGCUAAACAUGUGGGGCUACACAUAGAUGAGGUUAAGCCCGACGGAGUUGUAAAUGAAGCUGUAGAGCAGAUUGCGUAUGCUGAUCGAAUUAUAGUGAACAAGACCGAUCUUGUCGACGAGCCAGCUAUUGAUUCUUUAAUACAACAGAUACGGAAAAUUAACCGCAUGGCUAAUUUGAAACAAACACAAUAUGGAAAUGUCGACUUAGAUUAUGUUCUUGGCAUAGGAGGGUUCGAUUUGGAAAGGAUAGAGAGUGCAGUUACAGAUGAAAGUUCGAAAGAAGAUCAUAGUCACCACCAUGACCAUGAUGAUCACCACGACCAUGAACAUCACCAUGAACACAAACAUGAACACGAGCAUGGACAUCAUCAUGAUCAUGAUCACCAUUCACAUGACCACACGCAUGAUCCUGGAGUUUCCUCAGUCAGCAUUGUUUGCGAAGGAAGCCUAGACCUUGAUAAGGCCAACAUGUGGCUAGGCACUUUAUUACUUGAACGGAGUGAAGACAUAUAUAGGAUGAAAGGUCUUUUGUCAGUUCAGGGUAUGGAUGAGAGAUUUGUAUUUCAGGGAGUCCACGACAUAUUUCAAGGUUCACCAGAGCGUCCAUGGGGGCCAAAUGAGUCAAGGAUCAACAAAUUAGUAUUCAUAGGGAAGAACUUGGAUGGUCAGGAACUUGAGGAUGGAUUUAAAUCUUGUUUAUUAUGAUGUAAUAGUAUAUGUAAAAUAAUUUUCAUAUAGAAAGGUUCAUGAGAUGGUCAUUGAAGUACUAGCUGUGAGCUAAUUGUGAUCGGGAGGUACACUUGAGAUGUUUGCUGUGACUAAUGAUAUUUUUGAUGUUUCUAGUAAGACCACAUGUCAUUUUUAAUAAACUCAUUAUUAUUAUUAGUUGGUUAA